AUUCACUUAAUAUUCAUUUCACUUAUUUUUCUUCUAGCUCAUGCACCUUUUCAAGAGUCUGGGGAUGAUAUUGAUUUAAAAGUAAAGUCUGGUUAUGUGUUAGUAAUUCAUAACUACAGCUUCCCUAAGAGGGAGGAGGCUGUACGCCAUGGGUCAGAGGAAGAUGUGAAAAAUCUUUGUAGCCUCUUUGAUGAUUUCAACUUCAAAACCCGAAUUGUAAAUAACUUGACUCAAAGUCAGAUGGUGGAAAUACUCAGUGAAACUGCAGAGAAAGACUUCAGCAGAUAUGAUUGUUUCUUGUGUGUAAUCCUCAGCCAUGGUCUCAAAGAUGGGAUUCUUGGAAUUGAUGAUGAGAAGAUUAAAAUUGAAGCAAUCACUUCCAAUUUUCGCCGAGAUGCAUGUCCUUCUCUUGAGGGGAAACCAAAAAUAUUUCUGAUCCAAGCUUGCCGUGGCAAUAGACAGGAUAGGGUAUCUAUCGAGAGCGACAGUGAGCCUGUCCCAUGUGCAAGCUCAUCUCUUCCAGCUGAUGCUGAUUUUCUGAUCUGUUUUGCCUCUGCCCCUGGUCACCAAAGCUACAGGCAGCCAGAGCUUGGUUCUUGGUUCAUUUCAACAGUUGUGGCAAUUUUUAAAGAGUAUGCAGAAAGGGAGCAUCUUAUGGAUAUGAUGCUGAGAGUCAACAAUCAUGUUGCAAAUUAUUUCAGCAAAACAGGCCUCAAGCAAAUACCCUGCCAAGUCUGCAUGCUGAGAAGGAAAGUGUAUUUUAGUCCAAAAUAUAAUUAACCCAUCAUGAAAUGCUCAUGACAAAUUCUGUCUUUGUUGUGUAUAUGAAUGUUUACUUAAUAUGUUUGUGUAAUGAGAAAAUUGUAGAUGAAACAUUGCCAGUGUACCUGUCCACUGGAGCUCAGAAGCGUGGUUAUAUGAACUUUGUUAAAUUCUCCUACAGACCACAUCAGUAACACUGUAUAUUAUGCUACAGUGUAAUAUAUACAGUCCAAAAUUUUCAAUCCUUGCUGUAUGGAUGAAGUCUUUGAAAAAAGCAAUGCUGAUGCAGGA